CGUUUAGGUACGUCCCUGCCACUGUAACUCGCCAAACUUUCCUGUCACGUCUUCCACCAGCUGUCCGUUUGAAGCUGAAGAUACCUUCGCCAAACCUUCAUUUUCCCCACGAAAAAUCAUAGUAAAAUCCUCCUUUUCUCUCCUCCUCCCUCCGUCCUACGUCGGUCUCUCGCUGUCAUCAUCACGACCCCUCCGACGGCCCGCCUGGUGCCUAUCCUCUUCACCGGCUGCGCCUUUCAAUCCCAAGCCAGCACCUUAACUCACUUGGCGGUCCUCCUUUCAACCCCGCCAUAUCUUGUCAACAUCAACGCCUUGCCGCCAACGCCUGCGAUUUCUACUCCUCGCUCUUCAAUCGGCCGACGAUACCUUGCCGCAAACUACCCUCAUUCGCCGAUCUCCAGCACAGGAACUAUAGUACGGGCUUCCGAGUUGCUGCGAGUCUUUCGAGAUGCCAUGUGAGUCUCACCCUGUGCGCUUAGUAGCAGGCUUGGUCCAGAGUCAGUCUGGUUCAGGGUUCAGCUUGGGAUUGUACAACUUGCAAUACAUGCUGCUGCUGCCAAAAGCUUCCCGGUGUGGUUGACGCAGCUUGUGCGAGCUCAAUCGUUCAUGGGGAAGCUUCUAGGCCAUAUGCAAAGUCAAUUGCAGUCCUGGCAUGUAGAUUGGUUACCCCAACAGCUGCUCAUCGUAAAGAUCACACCACGAUGAAUACAUUCUCCAUUGGUUUUUUUCUGCGAUAUCCUUACACUUUAUUUUUUGUAGCUUAUGCUAACUCUCGAACCAGUCCUUGUUGAGGAUUCCUGGAUUAAUGACCAGGUUUCCACCCACGACAUCUCCGAGCUCGAAGGAUGCGCCAUCGCUGUUGAUGCAACCUAUUACCUGAGCCAGCUUCUCGAAACCCCUCCUGCCCAUGAACCUCUGUUGUCAGCUCUCGGUGGCCUUACUGGGGUCGAAGCACACAUAAACCAGAAUCUCGAUCUCUGGGCAAAGUUCGAGAUUGUCCCUUUCUUCGUCUUCGAUGGCCAGCCCGUAACCGGCCAAGAUGACAUCACUCUGGAUCGUGGCCUGAAGGCCAACAAGAAGACAGAUGAGGCCUGGAACUUGUACUCUCAGGGGGCCGCUGAGGAGGCGGUGACGACCUUCGGUGCUAGCCCAGGUUGGUCAACUUUGGCUCUCAAUUUCGGAAAUCGACCUAACGUGAGGUCAUGAUAGGUGCUUUUCGCAUUCAAAAUCUUUACCCGUUGCUUCAAACGGUUCUGAAGAACCGUAGACUUCACUUCUUGGUUGCGCCCUACACUGCGUGCGCUCAGCUCGCCUAUUUCGAAAUGAUCGACUCAGACCAAUGCUCGGGUGUGAUGGGCUCUCAGGAACUUCUUCUAUACCCUGUCAAGGAUUCUGUCAUUCGGGCAUUCGACUGGGAAGCCAAGGCCGUUUCUGCUAUCUCGAAGAAGAAGGUUAUGCGCAGUCUUACACCCACUGCAAGUGAGCCAAGGUUCAUCGACUCCUUUCUCAUGGCCGGUACAUCGUUCCUGCCUCCAUUCCCUGCUCUUCUGGAAAGCUCUAUAUACUCGGACUACAAUAUUUCGACUGCAGCCAACUUGCUGAGGACUGCAGAAAACAGUGUCGCAACUGCUUGCGCCAGCUUCAACGAUAUACUCCAAAGCAAGGACUCUGGUUGGCUUGACAAGUAUCGCAAGGCAAGAAUGGUUGUCCACCACUUCGUUUACAUCGCUGAGAGUGGCGAGAUCCGUGUAAACGACUAUGAGCACUUGACUAGUGACAACCAUGAGUACCUCGGCCUUCAGUUGCCGGCUGAGCUAUUUCACUACCUCAACACCGGCUUGAUUGGGCCCCGUCUACUGGGCAACAUUACCCACGGUCAACUUCUCAUCCAGCCAACCUUGGACGGAGUUGCCUCGGACGAAUACAAAAAGCUCAUCACUGACAGAAUAGUGCCCAUCAAAGAGCAAGCCCUUUCUCUGUUGAUCCCCAGACUUCACCGAGGUAUCCAGCACAAGAACAUCAAAGUUCGUGUCUGGUUUGACCCCAAAUAUUCUUACACGAUCAACCAUCGCUCUGUGAACCCUCCUCCCUCUCAGAGGGUUGCUAGCUGGAGUGUCAAGGAUGAGGAUCUUCGUGCAUUCUUCCCUGAUGAUUUCGCUGGCCCCGUGUCGCUGGAAGUUUUGUCACUUGUUAACUCCGACUUUGUGGCCAAGACAUUCCCCAAGGAGAGGCCCAUAAAGGGAAUCGACAGCACAGAUAUGGUGACCUCGGUGGCCAUCUGGCGAUUCCUCCACCUGAGAGGAUACGCCAAUGAUGAGCACAAACUUACGCCUUGGGGUAAUGCCUUGGCCAAUACUCUUCUGAUUCUCCAGGACGCCAAGGAGAACCACCCGGACGUGACUGGUCUUCCGGAGGCAGCCCUGGUUGCAUUUGAACUCAUCCGAAACGGACUUUUGACGGGGAAGCACACUGAAGGCCAGGCUGGCCUGCCCCGCAAAGGUUCCUAUGAAGAAAAGGCAACUCUUGUGCUGAUCAGCGAGUGCGCUUCUUUGUUGAAGCUUCGGCACCAGGUUUAUGGAUACACUGGUCCGCUUAACAAAAACCUGCUCAGCUUCUGGUCUUUGGCAUCAGCAGUGAGAGAAGCUGAUCGAGAUCUGGUUGAGGCGAUUGUCGCUUCGAUGUUCUUGUAUGGACAAUCGAAGCGUGAAAGGGAUGACCAAUUGGAAAUCAGUCGACGGUUACCUUUCCAUCAAGAGCCCGAUAUUGGCCUCGGCAUUGCUGUGCGAACCUUCUUCGAUGACGAUGAAGCUGGAGGGGACCAGGAGGCUCGCUUACAGCGGCUGGAAGAGUUUCCUAAGACAUUCGUGCCAUAUGCUGAGUCACUAACUAAGGACUUCCGUGUCGUGCGUGACUUUAUCGAUGCACUCGUUAAGGGCGUUAAAAUGCUGGGUACGGACGAGCUACGUGCGGAAGAUAAGGAUGCAUGGGCCAAGGCCCAGGCAUACCUCGAGGCGCGACCUUUCUAGAGCAUGGCCGAGGCUUGAGGCAUAUAUAAGGCAAAUGUUACAUUAGUGGUCUUUGAUCGUGGCCCCUUUGGUCACAAAACCGUCUUGCAGACUUGGCGGCGUUGGCGCGGGCGGCAUAAAAAGUCAGGGACAUAAAAGUUAUCACAUCAGCAGACGUGUCGAAGGAAUUGCCAGCAGGACUUGUGGGGAUGGGUUGAGAUCGAGUGAGGAGGUGGCGCUGGAGAGCAUGGUUACACGACCCCAGCCAGGCGGCUCCAGAAGUCGUUGGACGAAGCAUCUAAGAUCCUUGUAGAUAUAGCCAGGUUGGUGAUAUCCAACAUGUGGACUAUAUCCAGUCAGGAAAGCUUCUUUCACACACAAUUCAACACGAAAAAAGAAAGAAAAAAAGAGAGGAAAAGUCAGACUACACAACUGGUGGCUUCAUAAGGGACUUAUAAGUGACUAGCGAUUAUAUUGAUAUGAGCGGAGAAGCUCUGCAGUCUAUAUUGGAUAUAAGAUAUCAUUACCAUACCACCACCAUCAACACCUCUCGACAGCUCCCUUAAGAAAGGGUCAGUACCAUAGGCCCAGCCACAGUAAUGUCAUCUGACAAAACGCCCUCCAAAGGCCCAGCACUGGUCAAGGUCACGUAGACGACACCCGCAGCUCCUUGAGGAACUUCACAGCCCUCUCCCUCGGUGAAGGGGGUGAAUUUGGUUCCACCGGGAAGCUGACCUCCAGAAGUGAAGCCACAAUGCGUCGCUCCAGCGGCAGCUUCGGAGGCAAGCUUCACUUUAGUUCCAAUGGCUACAGCCUUGACGUCCUGGCCCUCGGCCAUAGCGAGAGUAGGGAAUGCUUCGAUCUUGAGGUUAGAACCCUCAGGGCAUUCCGUGAUGAAAGGUGCGGCGAGUGAGAAGACUGCCCUAGGUCCAAGGGCGGUAUCGAGAGGUUGAGGAACUGCCUUUGCCUGAGAAAAUAUCCUGAUGGCGGUUUGAUGUCGUGCUUCGACAGUGAGAAUUGCGCCAGCGGUGCCGAGGAUAGCGGGAUCAGAGAGCAGUGGUGCUGCACCCAGGUAGGCCGAGACACCGACACUCUCGAGGAUAGCAGCUGUUGCAACCAUGGCAGCUGGGUCGGCUGUUGCGCCUUUGAAGUCGUAUUUGCACUCUUGGACAGGUGUGAUGCCAUUACCUGCGAGGGCAGACUGAAGGAGGACUACGUGAGAAGCCUCGGUUUUGCCAAUGGCCUUGAUGUCGUCAAGGGUUUGCGUUGAGAGACCGAGAAGGGCGAAAGCCUCGUCGGAGAGGGUUAAGAAAGCCUCGCGGUAGAAGGUGUCUUCAAGAUGCUCCAAUGUCAGGGCGCUGAGCGUGUUAGUUGGGCCGUUUAGUGUGACAGGGCUGGCUAUGCUAUCAAGACUUACAACUGGAGGAUAUCCAAGUCACUGAGGCCAGCAGCAGCAGCGGCGGCAUUCUGGCGCUUGGACAAAUCGUGAUACUGAAGUUGCCUCUUGGUGAACCGAGGGCCAGAAGGCAUCGCCAAAGCCGUGGUAGCGAAGAGGCCGAAGAGAAGAGUCUUGAGAGAUGCCAUGUUAUAUAAUCGAAAGGAACGUGUCGGACCAGCCAGCAAGGAGAGUAAUGUAAACAAGUGUCAGAAGUAAGAAGAAAAAGAUAUUAAACAAUGAGAUUGACCUCAAUUGAAGAAUCGAAU